CCUAGCAUAACCUCAUUGCAGUAUAUGGUCAAGGCGAUUAAAAGCAGUGGACGAGAAAGUGGCUAUCACUUGAGAAAAUUGCAUUUCCUGAUUCGCUAGUGCAGUAUGACAUGCUUGCGUUGCUCGGAUUGCUAGUUGCUUGUGCACUUGCGGUCGCCUGGCUUGUGUACGCGAUCAUACGGGAGGACCAUACCAUGAUGGAAGGCGGAAAUGCGUGGGCCUGGUCGGGCAGGGGCGCAGCGUUGGCGCAGAACUACUGGCAAGCCAUAAACGACCGCCGCGCGACUGAGGAGGAGCUUGACGAGGCGGCAGCGGCAGCCGCCGCCGCCGCUGGCGGGGGCGCGGGUUCGGGAGUGGCCGCACCGCUUAGCGCGCAACUCUCGUGUCUGGGAUGUGGAAAAUCGAAAGGGGACUUCAAGACCUGCGGCAAAUGCAAGCUUGCGGCAUACUGCUCUCGUGAGUGCCAGCAGAAGCACUGGCAGCGCCACAAGCCCCAGUGCCAUCUGUUGGUGGAGGCGGAACAUGAGCGACAGACCAAGGGGGCGCGCAAGCCGGCGCCGCCCACCCCGGACCCGCCAUUGACCCUGGGCAAGGAGUUAAUCUUCAGUCGCGACGGCUACGCCUCGCUGCUGGAGGCGCAUGUGACCAAUAGGGCAGGAUACCACCGGGCCAUGCAGCUGCAGGAGCAGAGCCGGCAGGCGGACAAGGGGACGACCAAUGGUGGCAGCGGUACCGCCAUCGGUAGCGACGACGACGAGACAGUGGACAGUGAGAGCGCGGGGGGGCCACAGGACACAAACUCAGCGGCGAACCGCGGCGCUGGUGGCGACCAUGUAGCAGCGACAGCUGCUGUGGCCUCCGCAUCGCCUGCAUCUGAGGGCACCGGUAGCAAUUCAGCUGAGGAUGUGGGCGUGUCCAAAGACAACGGGCCUGCAGGGCCCAUUCAGGCGCCGGACGGCUCGUGGCGCUGGGAGUGGUCGCAGCCCCCCAGUGCCGACCUGCUCACUCCGCGGCGGCCCACCGGCAUCUUCAACACUGGUAACAGCUGCUACGCGGCAUCAGCUAUUCAGGCGCUGCUUGCCACGCCUGCGCUGGGCGAGUGGCUGCGCAGCCGCUCGCACUGCACCUGCUGCCCGGCGCCGGAUGACAAGGAGGAUGCGCCCGCUGUCUCCAAGGGCGCCGUCAGCAGCUGGUGCCCCGCCUGUGAGCUUUCCGAGCUGGCCGCAGAAGCGGCCGCUUCAGCGGCGGCGGCGGCGGCGGCGGCUGGAGCCCGCUCACGUGGCCACUCCUCGCCGUUGUCGCCGCAGCCCGUGAAUGCCGGCCGGCUGACCAAGCAGGUCGCGCGACUGGGCCGGACGUUGAGGCCGGGCCGGCAGGAGGACGCGCAUGAGCUGCUGGUCAAGCUGCUGGAGGCGCUAGCGGAGGUGCAGGUGGCGGGCGCGGGCGGCCGCACGGUCAUGAGGGAGAAGGCCCGUGCAGCGGCCAGGGCGGUUGCGGCUGCUGCUGCGGCGACGGCGGCGAACGGCGAAGACUCUGCCCCUGAGCCUCCUCAGCCGGUGUGGCGUGGUGACGAGACCAGCCUGGUUCACCACUGCCUGGGCGGCUACCUGCGGCGAGCCACCAUCUGCAGCUGCUGCGGACACGUCAGCCAGUCUCACGAGGCGGUGCUCAGCCUGGAGGUGCACCUCAGCACGCGUGUGUACAACGUGGAGGCAGGCCUGCAGGCCUAUUUCGAGGACGAGGUGCUGGACGAGGGCAACGAGUACAGAUGUGAGCGCUGCCGCCAGCUGGUGUGCGCCACUCGGCGUGUUCGGCUGGAGGCGGCACCCAACGUGCUGGUCAUUGCGCUGAAGCGCUUCACGGCGGGCGGCGGGCGGGCGGCCAAGAACAACAAGCCGGUGGCCCUGAAGCUGCGGCUGGACCUGGCGCCGCACAUGGCGCCCGAGCCGCUGGACGACGGCCCCGUGACCUACCGCCUGUACGCGGUCGUGCAGCAUACCGGUCUGGUGGCGCCAGGUGCCUUUGGAGGCGCGGUAUCCGGCUCGGCCGCCGCCAGUGGCACCCUCAACAUGGGCCAUUACGUCGCAGUGGUUCGAGGAGGAGACGGGGCCUGGUACUGCUGUGACGACGACGAGGUGACGCAGGUGCGGGAGUCAGACGUGGCGGCCAUCACGGACGCCUACCUGCUGUUCUACGAGCGCGAGUCGCCGCGACUGCCACCGCAACCACAGCCAUCUGCUCCCAAUGACGAACCGGGGGCAAGUGGCUCUAACGGCGGGGGUGAGGCCCUGGAGGAUGCCGACAAGUAUCAGGAGCUGGCGGCACCGGCGUCUGACUCAUGGGAGGUGCUGCUCAGCCCCGUGAGCGCCGCUGCACCCGGCUGGCAUGACUGGCUGGCACCUGACGCUGGGGCACCGGCGGCUUCGGUCGCAGAGACGGCUGGGGCGGGCAAGUUGCGCAGCGGCAGCAAGGCUAAGGGGCAUAAAAAGCAGGCGGGUGGAGGCAGUGAGGCGACAGAGGGCUCGUCCGCCAGUUCACAACGGGCAGUGGUGUGUCCCCGGUUUGCGCUGCUGCCGCCUCGGCGGCAAGGCGACUCGACAUGGCAGCUGCAGGUAGAGAUGCCGGGCGUGCGGUCGCGGGACGUGAAGCUGGCCGUCACAAGCCCGCCUGCACAGCAGCAAACCAGCCAGCAGGCAGGGGGGGCGGAGGGGGCGGGGGAGGGCGCAGCCAGCUUGGUGUUGGACCAGGUCCGCUUGCGCAUCUGGGCCGCGGGCUGGUACAACCUCGACCUUGUGCUGCAGCUGCGGCGUCAGAGCGUCCAGGCGACAGCAUCGGACCGGUGGGAGGUGGUGGUGUGCCCGGCGACGGAGGGCAGCAGCGACGAGGGCGCGACUGCGGGUGCCACGGGCCUGGAGGUGCUGCAGCCGGUGUGGAACAACAGCAGAAAGGUGCUGAAGGUGCCGUUGAGGCUGCAUUAGCAUUCAUUGUUUCCACCACCUUCACCGUCCAGGCUCUCAACCGAAGAUUGAUACUUGUGGCAAGUGCGCUACUUCACUGGAAAGGCAGCUGGCAUCGAAGCCAUAUUCUAGGAGCGACGUGCCCAACAGCCACUCUGCAUGGUGGUGUACGUGGCAUGGGACGUCCAGAUGUAAGGGCCCCACAUAGGACAGCAGCGAGCGUGUAGGCUUGCAUAUUUGGUUGACUGAGCGCACAGUGAUGUCGUGGUUGUGGUACGUUAUGCAAGGCUGCGCAUCCCCAGCCUAAUUAAUCGUCGUGUCGGAUGCCUCGCGGGCGCAAGGCCGCAAGCUACGGAUGGCCCACCUUCAGGUUAUGGGCUCCCCUGUUGCGCCGUAAGCAGAACUGAUUGCCAACGGCCUCGGCUCGGAAUGUUCGGAGCUGCUCAGGUCUGGGGGUUUGUGCAGCGCUAGCCUGUUACACCGUUCCCGGUACGCCUGCAGUAGGUGCGGCCAUAUGCAUUCAUGCAUCGUUACUUUGAGAACGCGGCGCAGGCGCCAGACGGUGAGCGCCGCCCGUGAAUCACCGUCAGGGCGAGAUGGUGACCCACAUACACACGAUACACGGUCAACGCCCGUAGCCUUUUGCGGCCAUUCGAUUUUACCAUUUGCUUGAUUGCUUCUCG